AGACUCUGCGUCGGUGGUGCUGAGCAUGCAGCCGUAUUUGGCGGCGCGAACGCGAACGAGCACCGCCGCUCUGCCCAUUCGAAUCCGCGGUGGAGCGGUGCCCGAGGAGCGUUUGGCAUCCCCGCCCCGAGGCACCGACUAAUGGACACUGGCGCCGAGGGACCCACCGGCUGAGCCAAGUCCGAGCCAUGCCGUCGACCGAGCCGCUCUCGUUCAUCCUGCUUCUGGCGUUGGCAAUGCCGCAGUCCGCGAGCAGCUACGACGUCCUCUUGGCGACCAUGGGGGGCACGAGGUCACACACCGUCCCGUUCGUCGCCCUUGGAGCGGCCCUCGCCGAACGCGGACACAACGUUACCCUCGCGAGUGGCUUCCCCGGGCCCGCGGCCAACGGCGGACUCCGCGAGCUGGUGCCGCCGAAGCUCGAGACGUACAUUGGGAACUACACGUCCGAAUGGGAUUUAGUGGGAUCGAGGUUCCGAAACGAGUUACCCCUUUCACCAUGGGAUGCGAUGAGAUACGGCUGGGAGUCCUGCGAGGCUCUACUCAGAGACAAUUUUUCCUUAACGGAGAUACAAAGACCCGAGGGCAAUCCACGAGCACACUGGGACAUCGUCGUCAUCGACGGCGCAUUCCCCGAGUGUCUCCUCGGCAUCUUGCACGAUCAAGAUGUGCCGACGAUAAUGCUAAACACAGUAGCUUUAUACAGCGGCUCGAUCGUCAGACAAGGGAAUCCAUCCCCCUGGGCGAUUCGACCGUAUUUCGGAAAAGCCUUAACCCAAGAUAUGAGCUUUGUUCAGAGAAUCUUUAAUGUCGCCUACCUCAUGACGCUCGAGGUUAUGUAUUGGAUUAUGAUUACGGGAUUCAUUCAACCCACCUUGCGCAAGUACUUAGGUGAUGAGGUGCCCGACGUGCGAGACUUGGUCGCCGAGGUGCCACUGACACUGCAGAACAAUCACUACUCGGUAUCCGAUUCCGUGCCUUAUUUAGCAAAUGUCGUAAACGUAGCGUGCAUACAUUGCAGACCGGCAAUGAAGCUCAGUCCUGAAAUGGAAACGUUCCUCAAUCGGGGUUUUAUCUUCGUGUCUAUGGGAUCGUCGGUGAAGGCCUCGGGCAUGCCAGAGGCCCUACGUAACAGCUUCGUAGCCGUCUUCUCGACGCUGCCCUACAACGUCGUGUGGAAGUGGGAGGGUGGCAACGUCGGGGACCUUCCAUCCAACGUUAGGACCGCGGCCUGGUGGCCUCAGCAGGAGCUCCUCGGACAUCCGAAGCUACGCGCCUUUGUAUCUCACGGCGGUCUUCUGUCCCUCCACGAGGCCGCUUAUCACGGUUCGCCGACCCUCGUGCUGCCGGUCUUUUGCGACCAUGACGGCAACGCCGCCCAAGCCGAAAAUUUGGGAUAUGCCCUAGUUAUGGACUUGACAAGCUUAACAAUAACAGAACUGCGCGAGAACAUAUUGAAAGUGGCCGCUAGUGGAAACAAUCCUUUCCGAGAAGCGGCAAGAAGGAGAAGCACAAUAAUGAAAGAUGUUCCAAUAGAUACGAAGAAUUUAGCUGUUUGGUGGGUCGAACACGUGGCCCGUCAUAAAGGAGCCGAGCAUCUUAAAAGUAUCACUAGGCACAUGAGUAUUUGGCACUAUUAUUCCCUAGAUGUCACUGUAUUUUACGUGCUACUCGUCGUUACCCUAAUAUACGGUGUUAGAAAAUUAUUGCACAGAGCUGGCCGGAAGAAACUCAAAGAAAAAUUCCAAUAACUAAUGGUGAUAUCACAUUGUAAAUGCCAUCAAGUGAUAAACUUAUUAAUUUGUGUUUGU